AUGGCGAACUCAACGACAGAGGCUAAAUCUGCCUCCAAAGCCAAGCCCGAGAGACUCCCUAUCACGGUCUCGAAGCCAACCCCAUAUACAUUCGACCUCGGCCACCUGCUCGCCAACGACCCCAACCCGCUCGAGCUCCCGCGCUCCGAACCCCUCAAUGCAUCCCUAAAAGCCACCGCCCGAGACGGCGUCCAAAGUCUCCUCAACCAACUCCUCACCACCUGCACCAUCACUUCCUCGCAACAGGGCGUUCUCCUCAACCUCCCCGCCCCCUCGACACUUCUCCCGCGCCACAAGCCCCUCCCCACACCCAAGCCACCCACCAAAUGGGAGCUGUUCGCCCGCAAGAAGGGCAUCGGCAAGUACAGCAGCAAGCCCGGUGCUGCGCUGGCGGAUAAGGAACGUCGCAAGAAGCUGGUUUACGACGAGGAGUCUGGCGAGUGGGUGCCAAGAUGGGGAUACAAGGGCAAGAACAAGGAUGAUGAUCAGUGGCUGGUUGAGGUGAAGGAAAAGGACUGGAAGAAGGAAGAGGAGGCCGCGGCCCAGGGCAGCUCGAUCCGUGGUAUGUCGCGGGCAGAGCGGAAGGAUAGGAUACGGCGAAACGAGAGGAAGCAGAGGGCGAAUGAGCGGAAUACCAGGAAGAACGGCGGAGGACGAUAA